AUGUCUCUCUAUUUCGACGCUGUGUCGAUAUUAACAGCCCCCGCUUCAACUGGGGGCUCGUUUAAAUCGCGCAUCUAUAACUCGCGCACUUCGAAAGCUACACCCGCGCAAAUCUACGCCUUGAUCAUUGAAGCUUCGAAAUGGGAUAUUCUACUCAAGGAAGUUAUUGAGAAAGCAGGAAUCCUCAAACUAGAGCCUAAGCUCUACCCUCUUCUUGCUGUGCUGCUAGUGCACGACCACCUAUUAUCGAAAAAUGGCAUUGCCGCUCCGACCAACCAUCCCAUCCGCCAGGCCGUCGAGAGACAUAAGACGAGGUUAAGGGGGGAGUUUAUCAAGGCGCGUGUGCGCCGCGGGUGUGCGACUAUCGAGGAUCUGAAAGCUGCCGUGUUGAAGGAGAAAAAGGCGCAGCUGGGCCCGCAGGCUGCUGAAUCGAUUUACCCGCGAUGGGUGCGGAUCAAUAAUGUCCGGACGACGCUGGCGGCGCAGAUGAAGACGACGUUUGCUGGGUAUAAGCAGGUGGAAUCGCUGCCGGAGUUGGUGGCGGGGGAUGAGCCGCGAUUGUUUGUUGAUCCGAAUAUCCCGGACCUUGUGGCUGUUGCGCCGGGGGUGGAGUUUUCUUCUUCGCCGGCUUAUCGGUAUGGGGAGAUUAUUCUCCAGGAUAAGGCUUCUUGUUUCCCGGCGUACCUGUUGGUCGGGGAUGAAGAUUGGGAGGGUGGUCUACUAGAUGGAUGUGCUGCGCCGGGUAACAAAACAACCCAUCUUGCAUCUUUGCUUUCCAAGCACCGGAAAGACAAGAAGAGCAGUCCCAAAGCUAGCAUUUACUCCCUGGACGCCUCCAAAACCCGCUCCAAAACCCUACAAAAGAUGGUCUCAUCCGCCGGCGCGGACAACAUCGUCACCGUCCUGGCUGGACAGGACUUUCUCGCCCUCGACCCUACCGAUCCCCGCUUCGAAUCCGUUUCCGGCCUCCUCCUCGACCCCAGCUGUUCGGGCAGUGGUAUUGUCGGCCGAGACGACGUCCCCAAAUUCGCCCUUCCGGAUGCGGGAACCGGAAAACAACCCCGACCCCAAGCGAAGAAACGCAAACGCGGAACCACCAAAGACGAGGAAGAAGCUACUGCCACCCCUAAUAACGACACUACUAACCCCACGCCCAAUGCUGCAUCAGCUACAGAUGAAAAUGAGUUCUCGGGAACCAUCACCCACGAACGGUUAACGAAACUGUCGAACCUGCAAGCUCGGAUCGUCGAACAUGCGUUGAGUUUCCCUGCUGCGUCGCGCGUCACGUAUAGCACUUGCUCCAUCCAUCUGCUCGAGAACGAGGCUGUCGUUUCCCGCAUUCUGGCGUCGGAUGUGGCCAAGCAGCGUGGGUGGCGUAUUAUGCGGAGGGAUGAGCAACCGGUUGGAUUGAGGAAGUGGAAACAUCGGGGUGUGAGGACUGAGGCGGCUGAUGGGAAGGAUACGCCCGUGUCUGAUGUGCCGCCGGUGGAUCUGUCGGAUGAAGAGCUGGAUGCUUGUUUACGUUGCUGGGCGGGUGAUGCUGAAGGUCUGGGUGGCUUCUUUGUUGCUGGAUUUGUUCGUGAUGAGUCUGCAGUGCGUCCUGUAGAGACUACUGCUGAGCCUGCUGCAGAGUCAUCGGGCUCUGAUGCAAGCGAUGACGACGAAUGGGGUGGAUUCUCUGAUUAG